CCUUUAUAUGGAUGUCAUCUUCUUCCCUAUUUAGCUCAGCAAAACUCUUGGGUUCAACUCUCUAUAUCUCUCUUCAAAAAAUGAAGCUCUCUUUUCGUUUUAUCUCAGCAGUUGCGCUUUUGUUCAUGCUCCUCGUCGCCACAGGGAUGGGUCCGGUGACGGCGAAGGCACGCAUGUGUGAAACGAGUAGCCAGUUGUUCAAUGGACCGUGUCUGAGCACAACCAAUUGCGCCAAUAUUUGCCAGAAUGAAGGUUUUCCAGAUGGUGACUGCAAAGGAUUCCGCCUUCGCUGCAUUUGCAACAGACCAUGUUGAUGAAAUUACAAAGGAAAAAGACAGACUAUGUUGAUCCAUGAUCGUUUUAUGUUGUUUUUUUUUUCUUUCUAUUUUAUCCUUAGUCCUUCAAAUGAGUUAAUGGGAUAUAAAUCUCGAAAGCCCUUUAGUUUGUAUAUUUCUAUUUUCUUCUGAGGUUAAAUUAUAAUAACACAGUUUAGCAAGUUGUAAGUUUUAUAAACUAUGACUCAUUGACUUGUCAUCUUUCUUCGCAUAGGAGAUGUAUUCAGUCUAGAAGUUGAAUUAAUUUGAUUUUAGUAGGUUUUAUA